AUGCGACGUCCCAACCGUGCAAACAAACCUCCGAGCUCGGCCGCCUCCAAGGAGAGGGUGUUAAGGCCCCAGGCCCCGGAGGGGAAAGUCAACUUUCCAUGCCAUGAGGAUUCAUUGGACGAGGAGCAAAAGCACCAGCUCAGGAAGAUGCAGCUCUAUCCGGCUGAUGGCGUAAGUCGUUACUGCCGAAAGAUACCUUUCAGAGGAUCCAAGGGCCAGCUGUUUGAGAUUACGGGACGGCAUGAGUUCAACCUCUACGAGUACAGUUUUGUAGCGAAUAAUACGCUGGGUGAGCCAACGCGGUGGUGGAUCAUGUGGGACUACUCGACGGGCUUCGUUCGCGUCCACGACUUCUUUAACUGUUGCAAACCUGGAAAGACCGAGCCGGGAAAUGCUCUCAAACCGAGCAUCAAUUCAAAUCUGGCGGCAAUCUGCCCCAAUAUCACUGGAGGCCAGCUCCAUGCUCAAGGAUAUUGGUUCCCAUACGAGGCCGCGAGAGCGAUGGCAACCAGGUUCUGUUGGAGAAUAAGGUUCGCAUUGACGAUAGUCUUCGGGAAAGACUUCCCCAGGGAUUGCCUGGAUCCAGAGAAGGAUAAAGAGGAAUUCGGUCGAUACAACAUAGAUGCAGCCAUCAUCGUCGCAUGCACGGACAGAGUCCGCAAACUCAAGCAGAUUGAAGCUUCACGUAGUCAAAAACAACGGGAAUCCAAAGCUUCCUCCACGAGCAACUUCACGCCGUCCAAUUCGAGAUACGCAACUCCGCCCGAAGGCACCUAUACUCCACCACGUUCGACGUAUCCAACGGCUUCGCCCGAACUCGCAGGCUCCAUGACGAAGGAUCAGACAACACACGGUGGCAGAUACUUUGACCCCGUCCGCGACAGCUCGAAGUCGGGCCCGUUCGACUCGAGCAACAACAGCAACAGCAAUCGCCGUGGUCAACAUCUGUACCCGUCCCUUCCCAGUCCGGGCGGCUGGGCGAACGCACUCCCUUCUCCUACCGCCACUUCUCCCCUGAAUCAGUAUCAUCACUUUGAUCAGCAAUUCCUGCAGCACCCGCUGCCCGAGAGCUCGGUACGUAUGGACCGCGGCAGCAGCUCUCGCUAUCAGCCCUCUCGUCAGUACCAACAGUACAGCUACGCGAUCGGGCAAAGAAUACCCACGCCCGCCCAUGGGAUCGGAGGGGAGGGUGGAGGCGGGAGAGGAUACGGAUGUUCACCGCACCAGCAAAUGUGGCGGAGUCCAGCCGAGGCAUCUAUCCCUUCGACGCCGUACUACACCCCACGGCAACCGCACAAACGGUUAAGCAUGGCCAGCAGCAGCGCCAACCCCGGAUACCUCUGCGACACGCCGUUGUACCCCCCCAUCAUGCCCCCCCCGGCCGAACAAUUCCAGGAAUAUACACAACCGUUCUCGCCAGCGCUAGCCCCAGAGCUGCCGCAAGUAAUCCCGCAGCGCAGAGAAUCAACCGAGGCCUGCCACCACCUCGAUCCCGCACACCUGUCGAAGCGUCGCAGGAUCUCGGGUCACGCCCACGCCCACGCCCACGCCCAGGGUCCAGAGGGCUUCGAACACGAGGAUGAUUACCGCGCGAGGAUGUUUGUCAGACCACCACCGCCGCCGCCGCCGCAGCAGCAGCAGCCAGCCGUCCUGGAUCCCUCCGUCGAGGCUGAGGGCGAUGUAGCGCAGGCCGCGGCGGGAUUGAUGUGUCUCAACCAGCAGGAUAUCGAGCUCGAGAGGGAGAAUAGUCGCAGGAGGAACAGUACCUGAUCUGGGCUGAGUCCGCACGGAUUUCCUUUUGCUUUGUUUUGUUUUUUUGUUUUUUUCUCUUUUG